AUGAAGGCUCUUAUUCUGGUCGGAGGUUUCGGUACCCGCCUGCGUCCUUUGACCUUGACGCUUCCUAAGCCUUUGGUGGAAUUCGCCAAUCGGCCCAUGAUCCUGCACCAGGUGGAAAGCUUGGCUGCGGCAGGUGUCACGGACAUUGUCCUGGCUGUCAACUACCGCCCCGAUGUCAUGGUCGCUGCCCUCAAAAAAUACGAGGAACAAUAUAACGUCAGAAUCGAAUUCUCCGUCGAAUCCGAACCCCUCGGCACGGCCGGCCCCCUGAAGCUGGCAGAGAAGAUCUUGGGCAAGGACGACUCUCCCUUCUUCGUCCUGAACUCGGACAUCAUCUGCGACUAUCCCUUCAAGGAGCUUGCUGAGUUCCACAAGAGCCAUGGCAACGAGGGCACCAUUGUUGUCACCAAGGUUGACGAGCCCUCCAAGUACGGCGUCGUCGUUCACAAGCCCAACCACCCCAGUCGGAUCGAUCGGUUCGUCGAGAAGCCCGUCGAGUUCGUCGGCAACCGCAUCAACGCGGGUAUCUACAUCCUGAACCCCAGCGUGCUGAACCGCAUCGAGCUCCGCCCCACCUCCAUCGAACAAGAGACAUUCCCCGCCAUUGUGAAGGAUGGCCAGCUGCACUCCUUUGACUUGGAGGGCUUCUGGAUGGAUGUUGGUCAGCCUAAGGACUUCCUUAGCGGAACCUGCCUCUACCUGACUUCCCUGGCGAAGCGCAACUCCAAACUGCUUGCUCCCAACAGUGAGCCCUACGUGUACGGCGGCAACGUCAUGGUCGACCCUUCCGCCAAGAUCGGCAAGAACUGCCGCAUUGGCCCCAAUGUAGUUAUUGGCCCCAACGUUGUGAUCGGUGACGGUGUCCGCUUGCAGCGUUGUGUUCUCAUGGAGAACAGCAAGGUCAAGGACCACGCCUGGGUCAAGUCGACCAUCGUAGGAUGGAACAGCUCCGUUGGUCGCUGGGCUCGUUUGGAAAAUGUCACCGUGCUUGGUGACGAUGUCACCAUUGCUGAUGAAGUCUACGUGAACGGUGGCUCGAUCCUGCCUCACAAGAGCAUCAAGCAGAACAUCGAUGUUCCUGCGAUCAUCAUGUAA